AUGGGAUGCAUUCAAAGCUUCAGGGAAUUCUGUGAUCGUCCUAAAAAUACAAAUGUUCGACUAAGUCUUCCAGCAGUGUGUAUAGUGUGGCAAACAGCCAUGAUCAUCUUGUUUGGAGUUUUUAUUCGUUAUGACGAGGAGUCUGAUCCGCACUGGAUAGAGCACAGGAAAGCAGAAAAUAUAUCAAGUGACAUUGAGAAUGAUUUCUACUUCAGAUAUCCAAGUUUUCAAGAUGUCCAUGUGAUGAUCUUUGUGGGCUUUGGCUUUCUGAUGACUUUUCUUAAGCGCUACAGCUUCGGCGCCGUGGGUUUCAACUUCCUUAUUGCAGCGUUUGGCCUCCAAUGGGCAUUGCUAAUGCAAGGCUGGUUCCACUCCUUGGAUUACACUGACGGGAAGAUCAAAAUUGGUGUUGAAAAUUUAAUUAAUGCAGAUUUCUGUGUGGCGGGGUGUUUGAUUGCUUAUGGAGCUGUGCUGGGUAAAGUCAGUCCAGUCCAGUUGAUGGUAUUGACUCUAUUUGGAAUCACAUUGUUUGCCGUGGAGGAAUACAUCAUCCUCAAUGUCAUACACGCUCGUGAUGCAGGAGGCUCCAUGGUGAUCCACACAUUUGGAGGUUAUUACGGCCUUGCUAUCUCGUGGAUGCUCUAUCGACCCAACCUGGACCAAAGCAGUCGUCUGCAGGGCUCAGUGUACCACUCAGAUGUCUUUGCUAUGAUUGGUACUCUCUUCUUGUGGAUGUUCUGGCCCAGUUUCAAUUCAGCAAUCACCGACCACGGGGACGGCCAGCACCGAGCCGCCAUCAACACCUACCUAGCCUUGGCUGCAACGGUGCUCACCACUGUGGCCUUCUCGAGCCUCUUUCAGAAACAUGGCAAACUAGACAUGGUUCACAUUCAAAACUCUACACUGGCCGGCGGUGUUGCAGUCGGAACUGCAGCAGAAUUCAUGCUGAUGCCAUAUGGGUCGCUGAUAGUUGGGUUCUGCUGCGGAAUUGUGUCAACGUUGGGUUACAUAUUCCUCACGCCAUUUAUGGAGAAGCACCUGAAAAUUCAGGACACGUGUGGAAUCCACAACCUCCAUGCCAUGCCUGGGGUCAUAGGUGGUAUAGUGGGUGCGAUUACUGCUGCGGCUGCAUCCGACUCUGUGUAUGGUAAAGAAGGGCUGAUCAACACUUUUGAUUUUGAGGGGGAUUUUGAAGAGAUGACCCCCACGAGGCAGGGGGGUCACCAGGCUGCAGGCAUCUGUGUGGCUGUCUGCUUCGGUGUAGGUGGAGGCAUCAUGGUUGGUUUUAUUUUAAGGUUGCCAAUCUGGGGGGACCCAGCCGACGACAACUGCUUUGAAGAUGAAGUCUACUGGGAGGUGCCUGACGAGGAGGAAAGUAUUCCACCAGUACUGCAGUACAACAAUCACAUGCUCAACAAAGAUGUAACGGAGUCCAAUUUCACCUUGGAGCAGAACUGA